AUGGCAUACGCAAAGAAGUGUAAAGCCUGUCAAUAUCACGCGAAUUCCAUUCAUCAACUGCCCGAGCCUCUGCAUCCGACUAUAGCCUCGUGGCCUUUUGAAGCAUGGGGACUUAAUCUGGUCGGCCCUAUAACACCUAAGUCAUCAGUAGGGCACUCUUACAUCCUCGCAGCCACUGAUUACUUUUCAAGAUGGGUUGAGGUUGUCGCUAUAAAGGAAGCUAAGAAAGAAAAUGUGGCAGAUUUUAUCCGCACUCUUGUUAUUUAUCGGUAUGGUAUUCCCCAUCGAAUCAUGAUGGAUAAGUUGUGUGAAAAAUUCAAAUUCAAGCAGUACAAGUUGUCCAUGUAUAACAUCGCCGCAAAUGGGUUGGUAGAGGCAUUUAACAAGACUUUGUGCAACCUGCUGAAGAAAAUUGUCUCCAAAUCGAAGAGAGUUUGGUAG